AUGAAGACUAUGACAAGUGUACUUUUCCUCCAAUUCCUCCUCACUGCGACAGCUCCUUUUUUUGUGGCGGCUAGCACACCCUACAGAUGGCCCGCGGGUGUUGAUCCCUCGAAAAAGUACUGGCCGCUCGGUGAAGGGCCUCCAUCGAAGCGAUGGCUGAACGAGCUUGCCGAAGCGUUCAAUUCGAACCAAUCUUUUACCCCAGAGUCCAUAAGUCGGGCGUUCGCCGUGAAGAAGAUUAUGGAUCCGGCUGAAAAGUUCAUGCCCGAGUAUUGGAACUGGAGCGGGGGCGGGGAGAACGGGGAAGGGGAAGGACAACAGGUUAUGGUAGCGAACUUGACUUUCAAUUCGCCGGUUAGGAGGAGCAUGUUUGAUAGCUAUGUGUAUAGGGGGCUUUUCAAGAGGCAGAACUUUCAAUGCGCUGUUGGAACUCACGCGUGUACUAAUAUUGGGCGCCCGCAGAGCUGCUGUAACAAUAAUGAGCAGUGCUUUAAGAUUGAGGAUACUGGGUUUGGGGACGUAGGGUGCUGUGCUAAUGGCAUGUUUAGCCCACCCUUUUCUAUGGCCCUUUUGAGGUUAGAGGCUAAUUUUAGCGGUGCAUUGUUAUAGGACAAACGUGUUCUGGAAAUCUCAAGGGCUGUGGGGAUGAUAAAAAGGCCUGUUCCAGUCGAGAAGGUGGCGGCUGCUGCACUGAAGGCUAUAACUGUUCAGCGCAAGGCUGUGUGUUCCCUAACGCUGUAUAGCUCAUCCGCUCUCCUUUUUUCUAACAAUUCUCAGGUGUUCCCGCAGAAGGACAGGUUGUAAACAGUGCCGGCACAACUACUACGUCACCGACAAACUCGGCAUCAGCCUGUUCAUCUGGCUUCUACGCUUGCCCUACUAACCUCGCUGGCGGCUGUUGUCCGUCGGGACGCCUUUGCGGUGUGAGUGACUGCCCAUCAAUGACAACCACCGGGACACCCGUAGCCACCGGCGAUACCUGCCCGACAGGAUACUACACAUGUUCCGCGCAGUUCAACGGAGGCUGUUGCAGAAUUGGCCGUGACUGCGGUAUAACUAAUUGCCCCGAGAGAGCUAUUACCAUCAGCAGCGGAACAUCCCAGGGUGGUGCGCCCGCAGUGACAACCGGGGGCAGGUGUGCGUCUGGUUGGUCGUCUUGUCCUAGCAAUCUCGGCGGCGGGUGUUGUCCAACGGGAUAUACUUGCGCCGUCAACAAUUGCCCUGCUGUUACCCUUACUGGGUCUAACUUUAUCGUUUCUGGCUCUGUAAGUUCCGCUUUCUCCCUAUAUCCGCACGUAAGAUACUGAUAGACGGGCAGACCAUGACUGAGCCAGUCGUUCUCCCGGAAACCGGGAAACUCCAGCCCACCGCCGGCAUCACCCCUAACGCAGCACGAUACGGAAAGAGCAUUAAUGGCGUACGUGAGGUCGUCGUCGUAGUCGGGGUGGUGGUUGGUGUCGUUGCGAACGUCUGAUAUCUUUUCUAUGAUAGGAUUUCUACACACCGCACAAAAAAGGUUAGGUCUUUGUACUGUUGCCGUUUGUUUGUUUUGUUUUCUUUGUCGAAUUCGGAGUAUUCUGGCUUGAUUUUGAUUCGAAUUUUCUGCGAACUGUGAUAUCCUAGUUCCUUUUUUCUCCUAUUGUGUUUUAGCGGGUAUCUGGUCGAAACUGUAACGAUUACGUCUUUUGGUGGUUAUGUGUGAUGAUAUAUGGCUGUUUCUUGAGAUCAAGUACAAAUAGGUAAUAGAUGAUCCGCAGUGUG